GUGAUAAGUGAUAAGAAAGGGGUUUCACUUCUCUGGUUCUUCAAUACAAUAUUAUUUAUAUUAAUAUUAAUUUUAAUUAAGUUACCUCAUCCAUAAUGAUUCCGAAAGAGUCUUUCAAAAUCCACCUCGGUUAAAUAACUUUUUGGAAAACAACUUUGUAAACCAAUCUUUCAAUUUACCUCUGCUUUGAACUUACCAAAAUCUCAACUUACUCAAAAUGGGUUCAAAUUUUCACAUUGCUUUCUCUAAGAUGAUUCUCAAACAAUAUUCCUUUUGCCAAAACUCCUAUGUUUUAAGUGUGAGGAGCCAUUAUUUUAAGCGCACAAACUGUUUAAGAAGAUUCUCGACGUUGAAGUCAGAUACUACUCAUCCAUUAACGAAAGAAAAGGCUGAUGAACUUGUAAGGAAUUUAAGCCCAGAAGAAAGGGAAUACUUGCUAGAGUCAAUUCAUCAUGUGACAUCAGAUGAAACCAAAGCAGACUACAAAGAUCAAUUAGCUGCAUAUCGAUGGAGAUCAGAGUUCGGGAGACCAAGUAGGCUUGCUCAACUCGGAGAUGUUGAUCCUACUGGAUCAUAUUGUCCUUUACCAGAAGAUUGGUUGCUGCAAAAGUAUAAUUUGAAUCCGGAAACUGUCCCACAACCAACGCGUAGUGAUAUCAUAAGAGUUGCCAUCUUCAAUGCAAUCCCGUUUAUUGGCUUUGGAUUCUUAGAUAAUUUUUUCAUGAUCACUUUUGGUGAUACUAUAGAGGCAGCACUUAGUGGAUUCAUCGUCAUAACAACAAUGACAGCAGCUGCAUUAGGAAACACGAUAUCAGACAUUCUAGGGAUUGGCUCUGCAUGGUACGUUGAACAAGCUGUCAGCAAGCUUGGAUUUCAACCUCCUAAACUUCUCCCUGUUCAAAUGGACAUGAAAAUUACACGCCGAGCUGCAAAUAUGGGUCGUACAAUUGGUGUCACAGUUGGUUGCAUACUAGGCAUGUCACCAUUGCUAUUUUUAAAACCAAAACAGGAAAUUGAGGAGCCGGCAGCGGAGUUUACAGAUUAGUAUAUCUGCCUUGUGCAAUUUUUUAUCAGUUGCAUGAGUUUUUAUUUUUUUUUAAGUUAAUGUUUAACUUACCUUCAGUAUACUUUUAAACACAUUUCUGUCAUUGAUAAAGUAUAUGAGUAGAAAAAAGGUUCACCAGUUGAAUUGAAUCAUGCAAAAAGGGUGGAAGUAUGAAAACUUACAAGCUCUAGCUCUCCUGGUAUCCUGGUAAACAGUGGAAGCCAGGGCUCAUGAAUUUUUGGAAUUUCGCUCUUUUUAAAUGAGUUCAUUCAAUUUUCAAGUCCAUAGUUAAGUACAUAUCCACAACUACAGACUACUGCUUUGCUUUUGAAAUAAUUAUUUUGUCAAAUUUUGAGUCUUGGAUUUUGCUCUCCUAGAUUUUGAAAGUAGGCCCUUGCAGUUACCGCAUUAUUUUUAAAAAGUAAGUACAAACUUGCCAUCAGUUUGUAUUAAUCCAAAUUCGUGUUUUUUUAGGCAUUUUUGCUUAUCAUAAUAGAUUUUUGUCAGUUAUGUAAAAAUAUUAGAAGUGCGCUUUGAAGUGUGUCUCAAAGAGAGGAAUAGCGAACACCCUUACUUAGGGUUUGAUUUGAGUCUAUUGAUGUUGGACAUGAGCUAUGAAGUUUUGAAUCCAUGAUCUGGAGAUUGAAAUCAUCUCCUUGUUUUUACACCGAAGCCUGGUCCUAUUAGACUUUGUUAUGAUUCAACCUGUGGUUACAAUUUUCAAUAGGCGCCUUGGAUGUCUGUCUGUGGGCUCAAAAUGGUGUACACUUUAGUUUCUCCUUGUUCAAAUGUCAUCUAAUCUUUGAAGGAAAAGUCUUCCAGCCUAAAAGGAAAACCAUUUGAAGUUUUUAUUUCAAUAGAUAUUAGGACCAAGCCUUAAAAUAAAUAAAUAAAUAAAUAAAUUAGAAUCUCUGAGGUGGUCAAUGAACUUAUCUGAUUCUAAAGCUCUCUGUAUAGUAAUUAUUCUACUAUGUACAUAUAUGUGUACAAUCGAUUCUCCAAUUAAAGCUCUCAUCAUCAGGCUUUGCAUCAGGAGAGAGGCAGGUCUUUCUCUAAUUGAUUUAAGUUGAAAAGAAGUCAAUGAGUAUCAGAACCUACAAUAUUGACCUUUACUAAUAUUUUUCCUUUAUUCGCAGGAAAAGUUAGUUUUUCAACUCUGACCAUAGACAAAAUCACUGAAUCAAGAUAUCAUAGUCAAUUAGUCAUAUUACCUUAAUGCUCCUAGUGAACAUAAUUUCGAAUGAAAAAACGUUUUUUCCAAUAAAGAUCCUGUAACCAUUCCUCAGACAUGUUCCCUCACAUUGAGGAGUGCUGAGUUGAUCUAGUAAUCAAUGAGCUUUUUGAGUAAUAUUUAAUUCUUGCCCAGUUAAAAAGAAGCACUUAGUCCACAUGGAUUUUUCUGAAUUUUACCCAUUAAAAACGAGUUCAAAGUUGGAUAUUUUGAGCCUUCAUUUUAUUACACAUCGUCAAGAAAGCCAAAGCGGCGUCCGAAAAUAUCAUUUCCGCAGGGGGUGCAUUUUUACGCUGCCCCCUUUUGGUGAUUUAUGGCCCAUGUAUCUAUUAUCAAUGCAUUCCUGCAGGAACUAUGAUUUGCAUCAUAAAGUUUGCGCUGUCAAAAGUAUACCUGCAGCACGGAGGAUCGUUUUGGGAGACAUCUUGGCUUUCUCAAAGAUGCAGGUUUAAAUGGGGGCUCAAAAUAUGCAACUUUGAACUUGUUUUUCAUCGAUUGUAUCAUGAACGAAUUCCUGUGAACCAAGUGAAGUCUUUAGUCUUCAACAAAAAUGCAAGAAAAAAGUAUUACUGAGCAAAUUCAUCGCUAUUUUCUUCUCUCCAAUAACCAUGAAAGCCUUUUUGUUGCCAAUUAAUUAGUUUAUUAAUGAACAAACACAAGACAAGUAAAUAUGUUUGCAAAUGAAUUGAGCUUACGCUAAAUAAGUGGAUCACCUUUUGGAAAAAUACUUUUUGAAUCUGCUAUCUUCCAUUAUGCAUUUAGUAUCAGUCCUAAAAUGAAGACAGUAAAUCUUUCAUUGCACCCUGGAAGUCCGACAAAUCUACCCGGUGAGAGAGAUUCCUUUUUGUUACCUUUAAUUUUGUACAGAUACUCAAUUUUUUAAAACGCACAAGAUACCAGAUAUAUUUAUUGAUUAAUUUCCCUUACUAGAAGGGAAUUGUUCAGUAUUUUGUCUUUUAAAUUACUGAGCGACUGAUAAAAUAUAACUGACUUUUUCUAUUUCUGAAUAUUUGGUCAGCAGAAGCUUGAAAUGUAACUUGUAAUAAUUGUCUAUUAUCGUUAAUGUUGCUAGACUUUCCAAAGGAGUAACCAGAAGGCGAGGCAGAAGCUCCCAUAGAGCAAUUUCUUGUCAUUCUAAUGAGAUGUUUACAGGAAACUCUCUCUAGUAUCGUAGUCUUUAAGGUGCUAGUUUAAUUCUUGUUCAUUUUAGGUCAAUAAAAAAAGUAGAUUUGCAUUAAAAUUUGGCAAUUUCAUACCCUGAACAUGCCACAUUAGAAUUUCAGAUAUGACUCCCUGGAAUAUUUUUUUUAACCACACCUUUUAAACCGCUAUCACUGUAGUUUGGUUUGAUAUUUGGUAUUUUUGCCCCAAAAUAUUUUUAGAAACUCGCCUAUGCUUUAAUUUUAACAACUCAAUCUCAAUUUAUAUGGAAUAAGGUCCUUUUUCCCAGGAACAGUCAAAUUAAAGUACUUUUACAUGCAUAAAAAUACAUAGUCAAUUCUGCUGAGCUAUUUGUUGCUUAAAUAAUGGACGAAUUACUGACAAUAUGCCGUCUUAUUUUUCCUAGGUGAAGUAUUAUACAAAUGCACUUUUAAAACAAAUUCACGGAAAAUGUUAUUUAUAUUUUUUAUAAACCCUAAAUCAUUGCUUGUACGUCUUUAUAUUAUCUUAUUAUUCUUAAAUAAUAUUUCCGCCUGACGUAGUCUUAGGCUUACUUGAUUUUGAUCAGUAUUAUUGUUUACCAAACUAAGAAUAGUCUAAUUGAAUGAUCGCAAAUUCAUUGAUAAGAUUUUGACUUGUUUUCAAUUUUUUCUCACAAAGGAAUCUGAUUAUUAAUUUAUUUAUUAAUUCAUCUAUUUUUUGUAAUUUUGCCGUGCAAUGUACUUACUUAGUCAUUAAGUUCUCCAAUAAUCAGGGUAUUGCAAACAGCGAAUUUUGUAAAAAUUGAGCAUCGACGGCUAAAUUCAAAAAAUGCAUAUCUUGGAUUGCAACAUUGUAGCUAAGUCAAUGCUCGUAUUUAAUUUUUUUAAAGUGAGACUAGCCAAUAGUUUCUACUGAAAUUCUCUGUGUAUUAUCUUCGCUCAUUCUAAAAAAAUCAUACAAAAUUUCAAGGAAACAUUUUGGUAAGUCUCGCCAUUAAAUCUUGCUUAAAAUUUCCUCAGUUUGGCUUACACCGAAUCAUUAACAUACCCUCCAUUAUUGAGAGCAGAAUUCCAUCUCUAUCUAUCUUUCAUUGUUGUUGUUAACUUUUUAUGUUCACUUGUUAAUUUUCAUUUAUUACUACGUAUUCGUAAUUUUAAUUAUUUUUGAGUGCAAGCGUUUAAUCAUUGUUACUUUGUUCUGAGUUCAAAAUGUUUCACAUGAGAAUAAAAAGUAUUAAGUUUAACCCUCGCCUGUUGUGACUUAUCAGUUAAAUACCCUUAAUUAUUCCGCCUUGUUGAGCUAUACUGUAGAAAACCAUGACAACAUAUACUUUAAAUUAUCAGCUGUUCUAACCUCAAUAUAAUCAAAACAAGAAAAGAAAUGCCCGUAUGCUUGUCAAAUGAUUAAAAAACUUGUACCUUGUGCAGCGCUACUACUUUACUCUCGCGGGUUUUGUAUUUUUGGGAAUCCUUUUGCUGACUGGCUUGUAAAAAAUUCCGAGACAAAAGGCCCAUUCCUAGCCAGCCUGCUCUUCUCAAGUGCAGCUUUGAUAUUUACUCAUAGAUUUUUCAUUCCCUCCAGGAAUAUUCGCCCAUUGCCAUAUUUUCUUGGUACCUUUUUUGAUUUUUGGUUCUCUUUGGUCGUUCUUGAGAUUUCGUAUGCCCUCAUUUGGAGGCCUAUAGAGCUCUUCAUCCUUCUUCACUUACCAUAUUUAGUCCAUGACUUUUUCAAAUCCUUGGCCAGCUAACUUCUCUGACCAUGGUCAAGAUGCAAGAAUAAUUUGAACUUGUCUGUCAGAAGCUGAUGAAUUCAUCGUCACAAUUUUAUGAGCACAAGUGAAAGAACUAUGCACAGUAGAAACAGGGCUAAAACAUAGGAAAUAGAAAUUAAGAGUUUUUAAUGAGAGUUGAUAAAAUUUGGUUUGUAAUGUACCUAGUGUAAGGUUAUUAAUAAAAAUGAAAAAAAAGACAGCAAAACGACGGGGAAAAAACUCAUUUAAGUAGGUAUAUCUGAAUUCCAAAAUGUCAAUUAAAUAGUUAUGUUUACUCAGACUAUUUACAGAAUAUCUACCUCUCAA